AAAAAAACCCAACAAAGCCCCCCCCCCCACCCCCUUCCUGGCCAGAGGGACGGACAGACCCCGCCGGGGAACCCCCCUCUGCUCUGCAGCCCCGCGAGGAGCCCGGCGCGGGCACAGGGUCUCCCCAACCCCGAGUGUCUCCUUGGUGCUGAGAACGUCCCCUCCCCCGAGGGCCAAUCUCCCGACUAGGGACAAAGCAUCUCAGCUUGUUGCUCGGCUCCACCCCAACCACAGCUGGAGCUCGACGGAGCCUGAUAUCGCAAGGGGCCAGACUUAGCCGCAGCAGCCCGGCAGCAUUUGGCCACUGACGUCAACCUCGGGAUUAAACCAAAAGCCAGAGGGGGAAGGAACCAUGUUCCAGGCCAAGGGACCAGCCAGCGCGACCUCCACUCACGAGGCAAAGAGCAACUCUGGAGGCAGCACGGUGCAGCGUUCCAAGUCGUUCAGUCUGAAAGCCCAGGUGAAGGAGAUGUGCGCGGCCUGCCAAAAACCCGUCUACCCCAUGGAGCGGCUGGUGGCCGAUAAGUUCGUCUUCCAUAAUGCCUGUUUCUGCUGCAAGCACUGCAAUGCCAAGCUCAGCCUGGGCAGCUACGCGGCGCUGCACGGCGAGUUCUACUGCAAGCCCCACUUCCAGCAGCUGUUCAAGAGCAAAGGCAACUACGACGAGGGGUUCGGGCGCAAGCAGCACAAGGAGCUGUGGGUGCACAAGGAGGUGGAGAGCGGGACCAAGUCGGCGUGAUGGGGCCCGUUCCUGCCCUUCCCCCCCCCCGCGCCGAACCCAGAACGGGCAACGUGGAGCAUACAGCUGAACCGAGGGCUGACUGAGUUGCUGUAAAGCAAAGGCAACCCCCAGGAGACAGGCAGACGCCGCCUGGCUCCAAACAGCCACGUGGCCGGGGCGGGGGGGUGUCCUUUGGCAGGUGAAGGACCUGAGCGGGGCGGGAGGGUGCUGGGAAGCGCGAGGCUCAGUGGGGACGGUUGGAGGGGGCCGACUUGAAUGGAGCAUAACCCUUGAGAGCAGGUGCUCGGUGGGAGAGGGUCAGGGCUGGCCUGGGCGUAUCUGCUAAUAUCUAUAUGCCCCCCCUUGCAGAACUCGGGGAAGAGCCUCUGGGUGCCCACCAGACGAGCAUGCAAAGUGCACUUCCUUUAACCCCGUCCCCGUGGCCCAGGUGUCUGCUGCCCAGGAGAAGGAGGCAGUUGGGCGUCCACAGAGCCAGUGCCGUGGUGUCAACCGUCCCCCUCCCACUCCCGUCCUGCCUGCCGGUGCUGGCAUGGGGGGGGAGAAGCAGGGAGGGGGUCGCUCUUUGGUUUGCAGCAGCUCAGGUCAGCGGAGGGUGUUCAGCCUUCCCGAUGUUGCCCCGUGACUGUUUAACGUUGUCUGUCUGGUUUUUCUAGUUGCCUUUGAUUGGUACGUUCCGCACCGGAGCCCGGGCUGCCGGCUUGCUGCACCAGGCCACGGCCACGCGCUUUUUUUGAUUAUUUUUGUAAUACAAGGUUUCCGAGCCUU